AGUGCUUCUAAUAGCCUUCACUGGUCUCCGUCCAGAGCAACGGGGUCUAUUGGUCUUGGUUUAUUAUGGUUUUACACGCGAGCGCCAAAAGCGGAAGUAAUGUGCGACGCAACGUUCUACACGGGUAAAUUAGAGCGGCGCACCCAAACACUAGGCUGCAGCGUGUGGUGGUGCUCGGUGAAUGAGACAGCAACUCCUCUUGGAGAGAGCAGAGGAGCUCCGAGCUCUCCUGUUGUUGUCAUGAAACGAGGAAGGGACAUAGCGUCCUGUUUAGCCCCAGGAAACCAAAAAGGGAGAGAACCAAAUGAAGGUGUUGAGGAGCAGGAAGAGGGAGAGCCAGAGGAGUCUGGGGAGGUUGGAGAGAGGGCAUGUGAUGAAAGGGAGGGCUCUGACACAGAGAGGGAGAUUCCUGAGGGUGAGGAGGAUGAAGAAGAGGGGGAGGAGGAGGAGGAAGAAAACCUACAGGGACAGAGAGAGGAACAGCCAGAGGGACAGCAAGUGGAUCCAUGUGGAUCAAGUACUGCACCAUCAGAAUCCAGAGUGAGUCCAGCAGCCCCAGUGGACAUCUGCUGGAUUUCAGGACAAGAGAGGAAUGGAGGAGGACAACCAGAACCAGGAGCAGCGGAGCAACAAGGUCCCCAGAAGACCAGCAGCAGACUGGGACUCUGAUACCAGCCAUGUUCAGGAGCCCUCAGCAGACGUCAAGCUGGCGACUGGAGCAGGAAAGAAGGGCAAGAAGGCCGAGGAGGAGCAUCCUGCAGCACCUCCUGCAGCAGCAGUGAAGGAGGAG